ACUGCUGUCGAGUCAGUGGGCAGACGGGAAGAGGCUGGACGCACUGUACCCUACAGCGAUACUGGUGCAACAAAUGACGCGGAAGAAGCCCUGAAGCCCCAACAACCCAAACAUGGAUCAGUCCAAAUCCCAAAAGAAUUCAGCUCACGUCAUACAGAUCUGAAAAGUGACCGCUGCAGCUGCGGAGGAGAUGAACAUGUCUCACGUCGGUUUUGACAAGUCGCGAGCAUCGCAGGUCUGGAUCGCCCUCAGGCGGCUCGACAGAAACGAUGACAGAGUGGUGGCUCUUCGAGAGGUGUCCAUCCCUGCAGCAGCCGACGUCACCAUGGUCAUACAGAUAAUCAAGACAACCUUUGGACUGAACUUGUCUGAUGUAAUAUUCAAGAUGAGGAACCACCGUGGCUGUCUGAUCCCUAUGAACAGCUUGAUCCCUGCUAACAGCAAGCACAUGCCUCAUGUGCUCGAGGUGACCAAGAUCUUUCAGCAUGUGUGUCCCAAGCCCAGAAUCAUUCCCAUGACUGUGGUCAACAAGAGCAUGAAGACCAGAUUUCAGACUGUUGACAGGAGGAUUCAGAGACUGGAGGACCUCCUGCCUCAGAUCAAUCUCAGACGCAAUGAAAAACUUGGCCAGGAGAUUGAAUGUCUCGACCAGAUGCUGAGGUUUCUUGAAAAGAGAAUGCAGGUUGCAGAUUCUCAUAGCUGGAAGGGGGUGCUGACCCGAGCCCCUCUGUGGUAAACCCACACAAGUGAUUGUGUUUCUGUGUCACAUUGGUAGAAUUGACGAACAACAUAUUUAUGACACUUUUGUGUUGGGUCUUACAAGAAUUCAUAAAAUCUCUUCAUUGAAACGUGACCAGAUGUGACCUGUGAUGUAACCUCACGUUGUUUGUACCACGGAAUUAAUUAAAUAAAGCAGAGGAACCAA